AUGUCAAAUAACGACCAGCAUCCUACAAACAAAGCCGAGGUCAGGAGCGACCGCAUCGUGACUAAUUCGCAAGGUAACCCAAUUAAUGAACCCUUUGCUACGCAGCGGAUUGGAGAACGCGGUCCCCUGCUCCUGCAGGAUUUCAAUUUGCUAGAUUCCCUUGCUCACUUCAACCGUGAGCGGAUUCCUGAGCGUAAUCCUCAUGCACACGGUUCUGGUGCAUUCGGGUACUUUGAGGUGACAGAUGACAUAACCGAUGUAUGCGGAUCCGCAAUGUUCAGCGAAAUCGGCAAGCGCACUCGUUGCAUGGUUCGGUUCUCUACCGUGGGUGGUGAAAAGGGUUCUGCCGACACUGCGCGUGAUCCCCGUGGCUUUGCAACAAAGUUCUACACCGAGGAGGGAAACCUCGACUGGGUCUACAAUAACACCCCGGUCUUUUUCAUUCGCGAUCCUUCCAAGUUCCCUCAUUUCAUUCACACCCAAAAGCGCAAUCCUCAAACCAACCUCAAGGAUGCAAAUAUGUUCUGGGACUUUUUAACUACCCCUGAAAACCAAGUUGCGAUUCAUCAGGUCAUGAUUUUGUUCAGUGAUCGAGGUACUCCAGCAUCCUAUCGUAAGAUGAAUGGUUACUCCGGCCAUACGUACAAAUGGUCGAACAAAAAAGGCGAAUGGUUCUACGUGCAGGUUCACAUCAAGACCGAUCAAGGAAUUGAAAACCUAAAUAAUGAGCAGGCUGUUAAGUUGGCAGGUGAAAAUCCAGACUACUGUGGUCAAGAUCUUUUCAAGGCCAUCGCAGCCGGCAAAGCACCAUCUUGGACUGUGUACAUCCAGACCAUGACUGAGGAGCAGGCCAAGAAGUUAGACUUUUCUGUUUUUGACUUGACCAAGAUUUGGCCUCACAAGCAGUUCCCACUCCGCCGCGUGGGCAAGAUGGUAUUAAACGAGAACCCUCAAAACUAUUUCGCGCAAGUUGAGCAAGCUGCUUUUUCACCUAGUCACACAGUCCCAUACCAAGAAGCUAGUGCGGACCCAGUCUUGCAGUCGCGUUUGUUUGCAUACCCCGACGCUCAUCGCUACAGAUUGGGUGCCAAUUACCAGCAAAUUCCGGUCAACUGUCCUUACGCAUCUAGAGCAUUUAACCCAGCUAUUAGGGAUGGCCCUAUGAAUGUGGACGGCAAUCUUGGAUCUGAGCCAAACUACUUAGCCUCCAGCAAAUCCUACAACUAUAUUCAAUCACAAAAGCCUAUCCAACAGCAUCAAGAAGUGUGGACUGGACCCGCACUACCUGUCCACUGGGCAACGUCUCCCGGUGACAUUGAUUACGUGCAGGCAAGAGGCCUUUACAAGGUUUUGGGGAAGCAACCUGGUCAACAGCGCAAUUUGGCCCAUAACGUCGCGGUGCAUGUUGCAAAUGCAUGCCCAGAAAUUCAAGAUCGUGUCUUUGCCAUGUUCUCUCGCGUUGAUAAGGGUCUAGGUGAAAACAUCAAGAGAGAGGCGUUGUCGUUGUCUCCACGUGGCGAAGAGAAACUGCAGGCUAAGUUGUGA